AUGCUGUUCUUCAGCUUCUUCAAGACCCUAGUUGACCACGAAGUCACCGUCGAACUCAAGAACGAUAUCCAGAUCAAGGGCACCUUGAAAUCAGUCGACCAAUACCUCAAUAUCAAACUCGAUGACAUACAGGUGGUGGAGGAACUGAAAUAUCCUCACUUGUCUUCGGUCAAGAAUGUUUUCAUCAGAGGGAGCGUGGUAAGAUAUGUGCAUUUACCUGGAGGUGCGGUAGAUACGGCGUUAUUGGAAGAUGCUACACGGAGAGAAGCAGCGCAACAGGCCCAGAAAACAAAGUAA